CAAAAGUGAGGUUUUUUUUAUUUUUCUUAAAAGCCAGUUGCGGUUACGGAUCUUUUUAUCUCAUAUAACAUAAAUCGCGGUUUUGAUUAUUUAAACCAAUCACAAUGGUUGCCAAACUAUAAUUAUCUAUUUAUUGAACGAAUCCAGAUUGUAUAUUAUAUAAACAAGAGUUACAAAUCAGUCAUUGUCUGUAUUAAAAAAUAUAUAUUUUUCGUUUAUUUUCCUAUUCAUUUUAGAUGCCAAUUAUGAAAACAAAAAAAUAUAUUUUAAGAGACGUAUUUAAAAGCAGCUUCUUGAUCUCUAUUGUAAGUAUAUGGUUGAAAAAAAAUUUCCGUAAACGGAGAAAACUAUUCCUCCAUAUACGAAAAUUUCAGACGAAUAGUUAGAGAACUAGAUUUUAAAUAUUAACAUAAUACGCAUAGUUAUAUGAUAAAGAGAACGCAUUCAAUUCGCUAAAAUAAAUACGUCUCGUAAGUGUUCGAGAUAUGGCGACGGCUACAGUCGUAGCAGCUGAGCAGGCGAGCGGGCAGCGGCCGCCGCGAGUGACCCCAACAGUUGGUCGCCGGAUGGAGUAAGCGGACAUUGUCCGGCAAGACACGCUUGACUGGUGCGCGCUCUGUUGCACCGAUCUUUCACCUUCGCAAUAUUGACGCCUAUAAAACCUUGUCAUUUCAAUAAUGUGAAGUUACUUUCAUUCCACCACAAACGAAGAAUACAACUCCACCGUCUGAAAAGCAAUUUACAUUUAAGUAUCUCAAUUGGGUGAAAACCCAUUUCAAAAUGUCCAAACUUGGCUGUUUGUUUUUAGUCUGGGCGGUAUGUGAAGGAUUGGUUACCAGUGAACAACAAAAUGGAUUUGUGCAACCAUUGGAUUUCGGACCAAUCUUUAACUCUGGAGAUUCGGGGGUUUCUACGCUGGCCUCAAAGCCUAUUGCGGCACCCUUACUAAAAGUAGAUAAGAACCAAUAUCCCCAAUUAUUUGACACUGUUGUCAGUAGUUCCAUCGAUUCCCUACAAACUCGAGUAGCGCCUAAACAUAAUGCAUUUUCUGCUGAAAACUUUGGUUUCAAUCCUAUUGCCAGUCAAAGCUUUUUGCCACCGGGCAGACCUGCUAAAUUAGUCGCACAACCCAAGCAACGUCAAAGCCAGCAUCAUCCAAUACCUAUCGGUCAGCAGCUUGGUCCCUUGAGAUACGAUAUCCGCACCGUACACGACGCUGAUUAUAAAGUUUACAAACCCGAAGAACAAGAGGAACAAGGAGAAGAAAUAUUAUCUGCUUUGAAAAAAAAUCCUAGUGUAGCUGCUUAUUUCAAACCCUCGCAGACUAAUGUGGAAGUAGCUCAUCCAUUAAACUAUCGCAAAGAAGAGCUAAAUGAAAAUAUUGAAAUCGAACAAAAUUACAAGCCAAACGAUUAUAUUCCAGGGCCAUCUCGUAUUCGACGAUACACCAACGGAAGGCAAAGAGAUAAUCUAAAGAAGAGCAGUGAUGAGGAAGAUCCUUAUGAUUACAGCGUUGAUUAUUCGUCAAAGCCUAAGGCUUUCGACAGCGAAUUGUACAGUAGCGCUUAUAAAGAGCAAAAGGACCCUAACAAGGAUUAUGAAUACCCUGGAUACGAUUCUGGAUAUGACCACAAGGAAUAUGAAAGAAUAAAAGAAUUGUCAGAAAAACAGGCUGCGGAAAUAAAACAAAAUCCUGGCAAUUGUAAAGAAGUUAAAAAAGACGGUAUGACCUGCACGACCUGCAAGGACCCAAAGACUGGGGGAAACUUUGAGUCGUGUUCCUAUGUAGCCGAACCUAAAAAUAAUAAAUAUGCUUAUUCCAAAGAAAGAAAAUUUGAUAGCAAUGAUGAGCCUGAAGAAGCUGAAGCACCAGCAAAUGAUAAACCAGCAAAAAAAUCUGAAAGAUAUGAACAAGCUGAUGACAGCAGUGAACACUCAAAUAGUAAAUACUCGAAGCCAGCUUCGGAAUCCAGUACAGAAGAUGAUUCAAAAGAAAAAUAUAAAUCAUACUACAUCCAUAAUUCUAAACCCACCCCAAGCGAAGCUUUACGAGCGGCAGAAGACAAACAGAGCUCCGAAGAAGAGGAAGAUAGUCCCCGAAGAAGCAAGUCCAGUUAUGAUUAUAAAAAAGCUCUGCCUGGCUUUUAUACUGACAAUGAGCCCAAAAAAGACGUUGAACAUGUGCUAGCGGAGUUUAAGAAAAAAGAUAGAUCGUCUUGUAAGAAAGUUCAGAAAAACGGAAUGACAUGCUACCAGUGCAUUGAUAAAAAUGGCCAGAAGAAUGAAGAAUGUAUGUUCGUUUCAGAAUCUGCUCCUAAGCGCAGCCACUUAGCCUAUCAAGAACUAAAAGAGUUCACAUCUAGACCAGCAACGCUAGACCAAGGAAACGAGGGUGCUGAAAGCAAAACUGUCACGACCAGUGCUCCCCCAGCGCAAAAGUCAGCUGCUUAUGUAGUGGACGCUAACACAUAUGGCAAGAAAUUAAAGCGGAAGAAAGCAUCACAAACACCAGUUGCUGCCGCAAUCAACCCAAUCGUCAGUGCUGUGAAGCCAGUGCCCGUAGCUGUUAAUGCACGCAAAACCAAGAGAAGUGUCGAGUCCGACGUUGAGGAGAAGGCCAAGAUAAUUGAUGAGACAGAGGUAGCGCCUCCAGAAGAGUUUGCCGGAAGUGAUUCUAAAGGAGCUUUUUGGGCUGAAACGAUGCCGAGAUACAGCGCUAGUUUAGGUGUCACUCUGCCUGAGUACAUGCUGUCAAGGUCAGAGCACGAAAUUUCGUUUGAUGAAACUGUCGCGAGCGCGUAAAACUAAUCUAAGGCCUGAUUUGUUAGCCAAUAAACUCAGUAUUAGUAGAGCGUGUCGGUUGUACAACGCUUUAGAUAAAAGCUGAACAAAAGGUAACAACGGGUAUUGUUGCGUAAUAGUAAAAUAAGAUUUCACAGACUGACGCGUUGCGAGUCAAAUAUGAAAAACAAAUGUAUCCGCAGCCGACCCAAACUAACACAAAUUUAUUGGUAAUGUUUCCGUUGGCUAUUAUAAUAUAAUUAGGAAUGUACGGUUUUCCGUGGAUACGAUCAUUUAAGAUGUAUUGACGAACUUUGUACACGAUGACUGUUCAUUUUAUCUCAAUAAGUUACGUUGUUAACUAGUUAUAGAUGUUAUGAAAUUAUUAAAUUUGAUUGUUACUUUA